GUGGUCUUAGUCUUCAUUUUAAGCAUAGCAUCAUUAGUAAUAUACUUCAUAGAUGCAUCAAAUGACGGCGUGGAAAGAUGCCAGGAGUGGAGCAACAAUAUCACUCAACAAAUUGACCUUGCCUUUAACAUAUUUUUUAUGGUCUAUUUUUUUAUACGAUUUAUAGCAGCUAGCGAUAAAUUAUGGUUCAUGCUAGAAAUGUACUCGUUCGUCGACUAUUUCACGAUACCCCCGUCCUUCGUCUCAAUUUACUUGGACCGCACGUGGAUCGGUCUGCGUUUUUUGCGUGCCCUACGUUUAAUGACUGUCCCGGAUAUAUUGCAGUAUCUCAACAUAUUGAAAACAUCCAGUUCCAUUCGACUGGCACAGCUUGUAUCCAUUUUUAUAUCUGUAUGGCUCACCGCUGCUGGAAUUAUUCAUUUAUUGGAAAAUUCCGGGGACCCUUUGGACUUUGACAACCCGCACCCAUUACCGUACUGGACGUGUGUCUACUUUUUGAUCGUGACCAUGUCCACCGUGGGUUACGGAGACGUCUAUUGUCACACGGUUCUCGGCAGAACUUUUUUAGUGUUUUUCCUGCUAGUCGGCUUGGCGAUAUUUGCGAGUUGUAUCCCCGAGAUAAUUGACUUGAUCGGGACUAGGCCAAAGUACGGCGGCACCUUGAAGAACGAAAGAGGCAGAAGGCAUAUCGUGGUUUGCGGACACAUUACCUACGAGUCGGUGUCCCAUUUUCUCAAGGAUUUUUUACACGAAGACAGAGAGGAUGUGGACGUUGAAGUCGUAUUUUUGCACAGGAAGCCGCCUGAUCUUGAACUGGAAGGUCUCUUCAAGAGACAUUUCACAACGGUAGAGUUCUUCCAGGGUACCAUCAUGAACCCCAUUGACCUGCAAAGGGUCAAGGUACACGAAGCCGACGCUUGCCUGGUGCUUGCAAACAAAUACUGCCAAGAUCCUGACGCAGAAGAUGCAGCAAACAUCAUGCGAGUCAUUUCGAUCAAAAAUUACAGUGACGACAUCAGAGUUAUUAUACAGCUCAUGCAAUAUCACAAUAAGGCUUAUCUACUGAACAUUCCAUCUUGGGACUGGAAGCAGGGCGAUGACGUCAUUUGUUUGGCGGAACUAAAAUUAGGUUUCAUAGCGCAAUCCUGCCUGGCACCGGGAUUCUCGACAAUGAUGGCGAACUUGUUUGCCAUGCGAUCCUUUAAAACGUCGCCUGACACACAAGUUUGGCAGAACGAUUACCUGCAAGGCACUGGAUGCGAGAUGUACACUGAGACUCUGUCCCCCUCGUUCACAGGCAUGACAUUCCCCCAGGCCAGCGAGUUGUGUUUCACGAAGUUGAAGUUAUUGCUGUUGGCAAUCGAAGUCAAAGGAACUGAAGGUGCAGAUACAAAAAUAUCGAUAAAUCCUCGAGGGGCGAAAAUCGUUGCCAAUACACAGGGAUUUUUUAUUGCUCAAUCAGCUGAUGAAGUCAAAAGGGCAUGGUUUUAUUGCAAGGCUUGUCACGACGAAAUUAAGGAUGAAACUCUUAUCAAAAAAUGCAAAUGCAAAAACUUGGCAACGUUCAGGAAAGGCGUCAGAGCCAUACAAUUGGUCGGCAGAGCAAGCGAGGACUUCACGUAUUCAAAUGACCAUCAUCCUCCUCCCACUUUUACACCACCAGAGUUGCCCAAGAAGGUUCAUGUUCGAGGUGACAUGAAUCGUCAUGAAGAUGUCCAGCUAACACAUAGAAAUCCUAGAAAUAGUACAGCACCACCAGCUAACCACGUGGUUAAUAAUUCGACAAAACAUGUUUUGGUUAAUAAAGUCAAGCCGAACAUUACGAGAUCAGCUACGGAUAAUUUGGUAUCGCCUGGAUAUAAUUCAAGGCCUACCAGUCGAACCAGCAGCGGCACAAACCAGAAUAACAAUGGCGUAGCCUUACCGGUCGGUUUAGCAGAUGAUCAAGCCAAAGACUUUGAUUUUGAAAAGACUGAAAUGAAAUAUGAUAGCACUGGAAUGUUUCAUUGGGGACCUGCUAGGAACCUCGAAGAGUGUCUAUUGGACCGUAACCAGGCCGCGAUGACCGUGCUGAACGGUCAUGUGGUGGUGUGUCUGUUCGCAGACCCGGACUCGCCCCUAAUAGGUCUGCGUAAUUUAGUGAUGCCGUUACGUGCCAGCAAUUUCCAUUAUCACGAACUGAAACACGUGGUCAUUGUAGGAUCCGUCGAUUAUAUUAGAAGAGAAUGGAAAAUGCUUCAGAAUCUACCCAAAAUAUCUGUGCUAAAUGGUUCUCCUUUAAGCAGGGCCGAUCUCCGAGCUGUGAACGUAAAUUUAUGUGAUAUGUGCUGCAUAUUGUCGGCCAAAGUACCAAGCAAUGAUGAUCCUACUUUGGCUGACAAAGAAGCAAUUCUGGCUUCACUCAAUAUCAAAGCUAUGACGUUUGACGACACGAUAGGUGUUUUAAGUCAAUCGAACGGCGAGCAUGUAGCGGGAACACCUGUCGGAAGCCCAAUUAUACUUCAAAGGAGAGGUUCUGUGUAUGGCGCUAAUGUGCCCAUGAUAACAGAACUGGUAAACGAUAGUAAUGUUCAAUUUUUGGAUCAGGACGAUGACGAUGAUCCUGACACGGAAUUGUAUCUUACGCAACCGUUUGCCUGCGGAACUGCUUUUGCUGUUAGUGUUUUAGAUUCCUUAAUGUCAACUACAUAUUUUAAUCAAAAUGCCUUAACACUUAUUCGUUCGCUAAUUACUGGUGGAGCCACGCCAGAACUAGAGUUAAUACUUGCCGAAGGUGCCGGCCUCAGGGGAGGAUACAGUACCCCAGACAGUUUAUCGAAUCGGGACCGAUGCCGGGUGGGUCAGAUAUCGCUGUACGACGGUCCUCUAGCGCAGUUUGGCGAAACCGGCAAAUACGGCGACUUGUUUGUCGCCGCGCUUAAGCAGUUCGGCAUGCUGUGCAUCGGUCUCUACCGGUUUCGGGACACCAGCUCGUCCUGCGAUGCCAGCAGCAAGCGCUACGUUAUCACGAACCCGCCAGACGACUUUCAGCUGCUUCCCACCGAUCAGGUAUUUGUUUUAAUGCAAUUCGAUCCCGGAUUGGAGUACAAGCAGUGCAGGGGCGGAGGCAGGACCGGGCAGGGUCAGGGGAGCGGCACCGGUGGCGGCGGCACCAACAAGGAUGAGAACUCCUGA